AUUAAACUGGCAAGGUCUCUACUAUGCACACAAUUGCAAACAUGUAUUUCAUACAAAAUGGACGGCCAAAACUCAACAGCCAGGAAUGAAUUCAUUCUUCUGGCAUUUUCAGAUAUUCCACAGUUCAGAUUCCUAUUAUUUUCAGUAAUUCUGCUUCUGUACAUUGUAUCUAUUAUGGGGAAUACUUCUACCAUUGUCCUUGUUAGAGUUGAACCUACACUUCAUACUCCAAUGUAUUUUUUUAUCAGCAUCUUCGCAAUUUUAGAAAUUAUGUUUGUCUCUGUUACUAUUCCAAAACUCUUGGAAAACCUCAUUGCAGCUAAGAGAAUAAUAUCGUUCACGGGAUGCUUUUCACAGUUAUUUAUAUAUCUUGCCUUGGGAAUAAUAGAAUGCCUUAUGCUUACAGUCAUGGUCUUUGAUCGACAUUUAGCAAUUCACAGCCCUCUGCGAUAUUCAACUAUCAUGAGCCGUUCUUUGUGUAUUGAGUUGACGAUUCUCCAAUGGAUGAUAGGUUUAUCUGCAUCUGCUAUACUUAUAUUCUUCACAGCCCGUUUGAAAUUCUGUGCAUCAAAUGUAAUCAACCAUUUCUUCUGUGACUUGGCGCCGCUCCAGAAAUUGUCUUGUAUCAAUCCCUUCCUCAGUGUUUUGGCCACAACCUUAGUAACUGUGUUUCUCGUUGUUGUUUCAUUCCUCAUAAUACUGGGAGUCUAUGCCCAUAUCAUAUAUAUAAUUUCAAAAAUUAAGACAUCUGAAGGAAAGUGGAAAGCCUUUUCUACAUGUUCCUCUCAUCUCAUCGUAGUUUGCAUGUUCUACAGCACCGCCAUCACUGUCUAUCUCAGACCUCAAGGCAGCCAGCAUGACAAAUUCCUUGCAUUGAUCUACAACAUUAUAACUCCAAUGGUCAACCCCUUCAUUUAUACUUUUCGAAACAGAGAGGUAAAGACAGUUUUAACCAAAUCCAUUAGACGUCUAGUAAAUAAUGUGCAAUAA